AUGGCCACCGAGGCGGAGGAACGCCGGGUUGAGGCGCGGGCGCUGAUCCAGCAGGAUGCGGAGGAGGUUGAGGAUGCCGUGCACGAGACCCAUCUGCACCAGCUGCGCCAUCGACAGUCAUUGCUGAAACGGGGUCCCUUGCUCAAUGCUGUUCAAAUGAAUGGGCUCUACAACGACAGCAAGACCUUUGUUGACCGACCUUUGCUGCGCGAGUAUGUCACCCUUGAUCGUUUGGCCCGCAAUCCUUACCGGCUUGCCCUGGUGUGUUCAGGCUUUGAGCAGCCCAAACUAGCCCGCGUUCAUAUUGCUUUGAUUGGGUGGUGUAGUCCAGAAGACGUCCUCAAGGCCUUUCAAGAACUUGGCGACGGUUAUUCCAUGGCCGAGUUGAAGCAGUUUGUUGACGACAACUUUGACCAAGCAGGCAUCGACCUCUUGCCACAUUCGCCUGCCGACUGGCCGGAAACAUUGCCGUUUUAUGGCCAGAUUAGAGACGCCAAACUUGCCAACUGGGCGUCAGGCGUCCAUGCCAUCUGGAACAAGCUGGGCCGCAAGACAGACCCCAGCAUCAAUGCUACUCAGGAACGACACACGCUCUUAGCAUUGCCCUACCCCUUUAUCGUGCCCGGUGGCCGCUUUCGUGAGCAAUACUACUGGGACACCUACUUUAUUCUCCGUGGCCUUGUCCUCUCGGGCAUGUAUCAGAGCGCUCAGAAUGUCGUGCGCAAUUUCUUGACUGUCCUUCAGCAAUUUGGCUUUGUCCCCAACGGCAUGCGAGUGUACUAUCAUACACGAAGCCAGCCCCCGCUGCUCACCCCCAUGGUCAUGCUUCUGGAUGAAGCGAAUCCCGACACCGAUUUUUUGCGUCUUGCCGCACCUUUGCUUGCGAUGGAACGAGAUUUUUGGACCCUGCCGGCCUGCUCAACCUUGUCCACAGUGGCGGCUUGCUCCAACUACAGUCACACAGUUUCAGUAUCGGGCGCCAGCGGCCAAACCCAUUUUCUGACCCGCUAUUUUGCCAACACCACCCUGCCGCGUCCCGAAUCUUACCUUGAGGACGUCAAUCUCGCUCAGAACGCAUCUGACAAGGCGACCCGCGAACAACUUUACCGCGACGUUGCCACAGGCGCUGAGACCGGCUGGGACUUUUCGUCUCGGUGGUUUGCCGACCCGAUGCGCAUGGAAACCAUUCGUACGAGUCACGUCGUGCCGGCCGACCUCAACGCCAUCAUGGUCAUCGUGGAUCGGCACCUGGCCACCAUUGCUGAUCGCGCGUGGGCGCCUGUGCAGCUCAUGCUGAUUGAAGGACUGGAUCGGGUAAAUACGCCUUUUGCAAAGUCGCUGGCCACCACGCUAGCCUGUCGAUGGCUGCGCUCCAAUUAUCAAGGUUGGGUCUCCUCGACUGCCAUGUUCGAAAAGUACAAUGCCUUCCAUCCAGGACAAUCAGGAUCUGGCGGUGAAUAUGUUCCUCAAGCAGCGAUCAAGGCAAAUCGUCGACGCAAGAAGGCGGCAAAAUUGGAGGGGGCCAAACAACGGGCCAAAGAGCGGGCCAACUUGGCAGCUUCAGCUGCCCUGACGCCGUCUCCAGCCGCUGCAUCACAUCUCUCAAGGCUCGAUGCGUCUGACACUUCGGCGUCCGACGAUGCUGAAGCACCGGGCCCUUCGACUAUGCUCGAUUUUGGUCUGCUCAUUGAUCAGGCGCAGCGCAGCAAAGCGCUCGAGCAGAGUGGCAAAAAGACAUCAUCUCAGCGAGGUAUCACAGGCGGCAAGAAGCGUCCCGGUGCCAAUGGCAAUCCAGCCAACCAGCAAAGCCCACUGGGCGCGAGGGUCAAUCAGCUGGAUGCCACCGCACCAACCCGACGUCGUGGCAAGGUAUGUCUGUGUUUGAACGUGCUUCUACAACUACGGGCAUCCACGGCUCUCAUUGGACACGCACCACAGGAGCGUGCCGUGCGCAAGGAGAAGAAGCCCAGUCAAAUGCGCCAACUCAUGAAGGAGGAGCAGACGGCCCGCCGUCGAGCUCACGACGAAAACGUUACGGGCGCAUCUUCAAGCGGUAGUAUUAUGCCCGAGUCAAGAGCACAGAUACCAGCCGAUCCGCCGUCAUCGCCGAGUCCCGAGGGGGAAGGCAAGUCGCACAGCUCUGAACCAUCCACGGUCAAAGGUGUGGACGACCCAGAGGCCUUAUCUUCAUUAACGGCCGCAGUGUCCACCUCAUUGACCUUGGACGAGAGCAAAUCAGAGCCACCUCAACGGAAGCUCACAUCGCCAACGUCUGCAAGAACGAUGCCUGCCCUUGAGUCCAACUUCUUUCCUAACCGUGCACCCCGCCUAUUUAGUAAUAACUUCCGAGAGUGCGUGUCUGCUCUCCUCUGCAAACGCGUUUGUUCACAUCAUGGCCGUUGCCUGUCGUGCCUUCGCAUCGCGCUGUGGUUUGGUUUCUUUUCAUCUCUCAAUCCUCUGCAAACUAGAUAUUGUGAUCAUGCUUUAGACCCCGAGGUCGAUGAGACCGUCAAACAGUUGCUCAAAGACAGCAUGCGGUUCUAUAAUCGUGCUGUUGAGAAGAAUCCGAUGAAUGCCAAGGCGCGAAGACGCUUGGUACUUGGGGCCAACGAGUGCCAUCGCAAGUUGGCGUUGGGAAAAGUCAAGCUGCUUCUGGUUGCACCCGACCAGCAGCGAACCAACGUUCCAGGUCUGUUUGUGCGGGCAGUGCACGCAUGUCGAGUUGUGGUGCAGUUGUCUUUCAUCAUUUUUUCAUUUCGAGCGUGA